AUGCAUGAUUAUGAAAAUGAGCAAAACAGUGGUGAAGGAAAAGAAACUGAUGAAAUUGAUUCGUCUAUGACUAAUCAUGGUAUCAAUAAUAACACACUUGACAAUGAUUUAACCUACAGACAAGAUAAGACAACUCAGGAAAAUGAAUGUGCAAAUGAAAGUAGAGUCGACAUUGAAACAAACAUUGUACUACUAGCACAUAAAUCUAAGACUGAACAUACAAUUGAGCUUACUGGGGAAAAGGCGGGGAAAGAAAAUUCAAAGGAAGAUAAUUCUAUCAAAGUAGACACUAGAACUGAACACCACAUGAACAAUAACAGAAAUGACAAUAAUCAAAACAAUUACCAUGUUGAAACAGCUGCGGACGUAAUACAGGUGAACAAUGACCAAGUCAAUGAAAGAAUCUCUGACAAUGUAAGUUCAAAUGUUGAACAGAAUAAUGCAAAUGAAUUACAUGUCGAUAACAAUGUCUGUCAAAUUGACAAAAAUGAAGAAAGGUAUUUUGUACCUCAUAUAAAGGAAUGUCUUAACAGAUAUGUUAUCGUUAAUGUCCACAGCAAACCUUACUCAGGGCUUGUCCAGGAAGUUCAUAAUGAAGAAGUGGAAGUGCUAUGCAUGCAUCAAGUUGAAAGAAAAAGGUCAACAAUUUGUUUCUUCUGGCCAAAGAAAAGUGAUCUGUCAUGUCAUGAUAGAUGA